AUCUGCCACAGUUUCCUAUGUAUCUGAAAAACACCGCUGUCUCUCCGACAUGGUAUAUUUUAAAGCGUUUUUGAAGCGUCCUCUUGAUUUUUCCUCUGCAUAACUCCUUCUAUAACCGCGACUUCUGCCUGUCAGGUCCUGAAAAGAAAUGGUGCCGCCUCGCUGACAGUUUGUGAUGGAAACAUUGUUUUUGCAGCUCAGUCUUCACUCAUUGUCUUUUUCAGUGACUGAAAUGGUGCGAUUGCGCUGAGAGCGUAACGGAGGGAUGUCUCGCCCCGCUCCAUCCCCCAUCUACACCCUGAGGGGAGCCGGUGCCCCUCUUAACAGCCUCCACUUUAGCUGUCAUGGAGAAGGCACUCCUCUCCUGUUUUCUGGGUCAGGCAAAGGUGCCAUCCACAUGUGGAACCUGAACAGCAGGAGGCCUGAGAAGGUCAUCGAAGGUCAUUCUGGAAGCUCGGUCAUGUGGGUCAGCACCCUGCAGUCCAGAGAUAACCUCAUCAGUCAGGGACGAGACAUGCAGGUGUGUCUGUGGGACCUGAGCGAAGGCCGCAGUGAGCCGGUGGACGCCGUGUGGACCGGCAGCGUUGGGUUCUGUCAGUGCUCCGUGCUGGAGACGAGCCCGAGCGCCUCCCUGCUGGCAUAUCCAGGCCAACAGACGGAAGAGAUCCGGGUGGUGGAGCUGCCCAGUAAGACCCCGGUCUGCACCCUGCUGCCAGAGGCCAAGCUGGGAAUGGUCAUGUCCAUGCAGCUCUGGCAGCCCGACUCGGGCCCCGGGCCCCUCCUGUUGGCUGGAUACGAGGACGGGUCCUUGCUGCUGUGGGAUGUAACCCAGAGGGCCGACCUGAGCCGAGUCAGAGCCCACCCGGAGCCCGUCAUGUGCCUGACCUUUGACACCGAGCGUCUGAGGGGCGUAUCGGGCUCCUCGGAGAGGGAGCUGGCCUCCUGGACGCUGGAUGAGCAGAGCAAGCUUCAGUUGCGGGACGGUGUGACGCUGGUCAACCCCGGGGUCUCCCAGCUGUGCCUCCGGGGGGACGGGAAGCUCCUGGCGUCGGCGGGCUGGGACCACCGGGUGCGGGUGUUCGGCUGGAAGAAGCUCCGCCCGCUGGCGGCGCUCCAGUACCACACCGACAUGGUGCUCAGCGUGGCCUUCUCCGACCACCAGGACCCCCGGCGGAGGCUGCUGGCCGCCGGGUCCAAGGACCAGCGGAUCAGCCUGUGGUCCAUUUACAGCGAGGGCGGCGACGCUGUCUGAGCCUCGCCGGGCUCGGACCACGGACAAACUGAUAAACCGAAUGCACAGCAGCCGUCUUUUAUACGAUGA